AUGAGCCGGCAAUCCUACAGUAUGAGAACCGGAGGUGGGGGCAAGGGCUUCAGCACAGGCUCUGCUAUCAUUACAAGUGGAAACAGACCCAGCUUUAGCUCGGCCUCUGUUGGAAGAGCUGGAGGAGGUGGAGGAGGCUUUGGAAGACUUGGUGGAGGGGGUGCAGGCGGCAGCGGUGGCUUUGGCACUAGGAGCCUCUAUAGUCUUGGUGGUACCAAGAGAAUUUCCCUCGGUGUUGGCAGUAACCUACGGAGUGGAUUUGGCACUGGAACUGGGGGAGGUCUAGGUUUCAGCAGUGGAGGCGGUGGGGGGGUUGGCUUUGGUGGGGGAGCUGGUGGUGGCGGUGGUGGGCUUUUUCUCAGUGGAGGAGGUGGUGGAUAUGGUGGUGGAUAUGGCUUUGGUCCUGGGUUCGGCAGUGGCACACCUUGUAUUGGUACCAUCCAAGAAGUGACCAUCAACCAGAGCCUUCUCACACCCCUGAACUUGGAGAUUGACCCCAACAUUCAGCAGGUGCGAAAAGAGGAGAAGGAGCAGAUCAAGACCCUCAACAACAAAUUUGCUAGUUUCAUUGACAAGGUCCGGUUCCUGGAGCAGCAGAACAAGGUGCUGGAGACCAAGUGGGCCUUGCUGAAUGACCAGGGUCAGAAAUCCAGUUCGAGCAAAAACAACAUGGAUCCUCUCUUUGAGGCUUAUAUCAGCAACCUGAAAAAGCAGCUAAACAGCUUUUUAAAUGAGAGGGGGCGUCUGGAUGGCGAGCUGAAGAAUAUGCAGGACCUUGUGGAAGACUUUAAGAACAAAUAUGAAGAUGAAAUCAACCGGCGCACAACGGCGGAGAAUGAGUUUGUGGUCCUCAAGAAGGAUGUGGAUGCUGCCUACAUGAACAAGGUAGAGCUGGAGGCCAAGGUGGACGCCCUCAUGGAUGAGCUCAACUUUCUCCGAGCUCUCUACGAUGCGGAACUGGCCCAGCUGUCAGCACAGAUGUCUGACACCUCUGUCAUUCUGUCAAUGGAUAAUAACCGAGACCUGGACCUCAGCAGCAUCAUCACUGAAGUCAAAGCUCAGUAUGAGGACAUUGCUAACCGGAGCCGAGCGGAAGCUGAGGCAUGGUAUCAGACGAAGUUUGAGGAGCUGCAGGCCACCGCCGGGAAGCAUGGAGAUGACCUGCGUAACACAAAGGGAGAAAUCUCAGAGCUCACCCGGCUGAUCCAGAGGAUACGGGCGGAGAUUGAAAAUGCAAGGAACCAGUGUGCCAACCUGCAGACAGCCAUUGCAGACUCAGAGGAGCGCGGAGAGCUGGCCCUCAAGGAUGCCAAGCUCAAACUGGCCGAGUUGGAGGAUGCUCUGCAGAAGGCCAAGGCAGAUAUGACCCGCCAGCUGCGGGAAUACCAGGAGCUGAUGAACGUCAAGCUGGCGCUGGAUAUUGAGAUCGCCACCUACCGGAAGCUGCUGGAGGGCGAGGAGAGCAGGCUGAGUGGUGACAGUGUUGUGCCCGUCAGCUACUCUGUGGUCAGCUCCAGCCCGACAGUCAGCAGUGGAGGUGGACUGGGAGGAGGAUAUGGAGGACUUGGCCUAGGAGGUGGCGGAGGAAGCGGCUUUGGUCUUGGAGGUGGUGGAGGGUUCGGCUAUGGAAGCGGAGGUGGACUUGGCCUUGGAGGUGGAAGUGGCGGAGGUGGACUUGGCUUUGGAGGUGGAAGUGGCAUUGGCCUUGGAUAUGGAAGUGGCAGUGGGGCUGGAACCGCCCCAGGUGUGAAAAUUGUCUCCAAAACCUCUACCAGCAAAAAGAGCAUCAAAAGUCAGAGCUUGAAGAAUUUACCCCAGCCCGAGUAACGCGGGGCUCACAGUACUCCCGUGUGGGGAUGGCACUGCGCAGCACCCCACGACUGCUCCUGCGCUACUUCUUAAAAGUUUUGCUCCUAAAUCAGGGAAGCAAAGCUUGUGUUUUCUCAA